AUGGUGUGGGAGGAAUACGGGGAUGAGGUGGUGGCUUCGGAGGAAGAGGAGGACGUCGUGGUGGGGCAGAUGCCGAUGGUGAUGGUGCCAAUGCAUAUCAAUAAGAGGGCCCUGAAGAACAAGGCGCUCUCUGUUACGCUCGACAAGAAAGCGCUCAGGUGCGGCUACCUCCUUUGCCUUGCCUUGUCCCUCAUAGCGGCAUACACGAAAUUCCUAUUGCAAAACAUGAUUAUAGUGGUCUUUCUCAGUGCUGUUAUUUUGUUACCGAGGAAAGAAGAGGAGAUUGCUCUAUAUGGUAAAGUACUGUCAUCGGAUAACAAUGAUGGUGCUGGAUUAGAAAAUGAAGAUAACAGUGAUGAUGGUGAGGAUAUGGAAAAUGACGAACCUUUGUCUGAAAUCAAAACCUACGAAGAUGAUGGGACCAGAAUUAUAGUCACCACCAGUGAAAUUACUCCUGAAGACGAUGACAUCAGCCCGAAAACUAUCAGCCCUGUGGUGACGAGCUACACCAACAAGAAUCCUAGCUCGUUUGCCAAGAACAACAGUUUAGGUGUGAAGAAGAAGCCACAGAAGAGAACGUUCAAGAGCAAGAAUAAAGCGAAAAAGGGUGACAAAAAUCGGGGUGCUGCAAAGGGUAAAAGGAAGGGCAAGGGAAGGAAGUAG